GGCUAUAAAUCCCCCUUUUUGAUGGUCAUCUUCAUUCGCCUCUUUGGCUUUCGUUUCGUCGUUUUCGUGUUCUUCUUCUCCUCUUCUUCUCCGGUGAUCUACUCCUCCGUCCGAUCUUGGCGGGGCUGAAGACUUGAUGGAUUGACGAACGUCCGAUUCGAUCCGGACGCUGAUUAGCAGGUUUCGAUUCUGCAGGUUCGAGAUCGAGAGCGUGGAUUUCUAUGCUUUGGCUCUAUUCUCAGUGAUCUGGUGAAAUUCUUCUUGAAAGAAAAGAGUUUUGAUACUCCGGAGUAGAGCCUUGAUGGCGUUUACGAGGUUUUCUUGGUGGGUGUUGGGUGGGAAGGACAAUGAACCGGCGGCACCGGUGAGCUCGCCGCCGAGUUCGUCCUUGGAAUUAGGGUUAGAAUUGGGGUUCCGAGAGCGGGACUCAUUGAAGUUCCCUUCCUCUUCAAGAAGGGUUAAGAGGAAGUGGCAGAGCAGGGAGGAGAGGAAGGUGGAUAGGGAAUAUGACAUUGUCAUCGUGCCCUCCGAUGGAGGCUGCAUGUCGGGGUCUGAGUCUGAUGAUUCCGAUUGGUCCAUUGGCUGGUUGGAGCCCCACUCAGCUGACUUCAACACUGACACUGAAUCUGAGAACAGUUUUGCGGUGCUUGUGCCUUGCUACGGACGUGGGCGUGGCACCGUGCCGGUGGAGGAAAGCCCCAAGCAUCACCACUUGCUGGGUGGUGUCGACUUCACAAAUGCAUACUCACCUUCUGAGAGCAAGAAGUAUAUAGAACAGUGGCUAUCUUCUCUUCAGAACUUUUGAGAACUUGGGGACUAUUUGAUCAACUGCAGAACCUUUCCAAGAUGCUUCCGUGCUAAAAAUCUAUGAAAUAAAUAAAAAGAAAAAUCUCAAAGAAAUGACAAAUAAUGUGGCCUUUUUAUUGUUCUGAUGAAAUGUGGAAGCAAACCAUUAAUUGCUUGUGAAGAAAAAGGAACUGAUGCUGAGAAAUUAAGGAAAGGAUGGAAGAAGGCGGAAUCUUGCUGAUUUGCCCUAAUUUUUCAUUUUGAAUAGCUUGCUUUCUACCUGGAAUUUAAUGGUGACUUGUUCCAUUGUGUACAUACAGAUAUGAACAGUUGUGAGAAAUUCUUGUGUAAAUAUGACCUGUAAAUAUGGAAGCAUCCUCCAUCCUUAGCAAAGUUUUGAUAAAUCCUGUCUUGAAAGGGCAAACUGUUAUUGCCUGCAUGUAAGACGGUCUGUAUCAAUCUACCGCCAAUUAAUACACAAUAUUAGUUUGAUCUC